AUGGGUUGUAAACAUUCAUCAUUACGAUCAAAUUCAUCAAAGAUAAAUAUUAAAAAUGAAGAAAAAAUUAUAUUAAAAAAUAAAAAAUUUAUUCAAGAAAAUAAUCAUGAAAAAUUAAAUGAUAUAAAAUUAUCUAGUAUAUCAAAUAAAAUAUCUUCUUUAUCAUUAAAUUUUGAACAAAUACUUAAUGAUCAUAGUAAAAAUUUAAUAAAAAGAUUUGAAUUUAAUUCAACUUGUCUUUUAUUUGAUGUUUCAUUAACACAUAUACUUUUACUUAAUAAUAAAAAACUUUAUUUAAUUAAUAUAAAUAUAAUGAAUAUUGAUACAUAUAUUUUAUUAAUUGAUAAUAUAAAUAUUCAAGAAAUAGUAUGGUCAACACAAUUAAAUAAAUUUCUUAUUCUUACAACUGAUCAAUUAUAUCAAACAGAUAUUGAUCAAUUACAAUUAAUACCUAUUCAUCAAAUUCAGGUUAGAUAA